AUGGCGGUCACUAUCGAGGACUUGUACCGCAGUUAUGGCGUGUUAGCAGACGCCAAAGACAAUAUGAGCCAGCACAAAGAUGCUUACCAAGUGAUCCUGAACGGCGUGAAGGGCGGAGCCAAAGAGAAGCGGCUCGCCGCUCAGUUCAUCCCCAAAUUCUUCAGUCAGUUUCCAGAACUUUCUGACGCCGCAAUCAACGCUCAGCUGGACCUGUGCGAGGACGAGGAUGUAUCGAUUCGGCGUCAGGCCAUAAAGGAGCUUCCGCGCUUUGCCACCGGAGAAAACAUCCCGAGAGUGGCAGACAUCCUCACCCAGCUGCUGCAGACGGACGACUCUGCAGAGUUUAACCAGGUGAAUGCAGCUCUACUCUCAAUCUUCAAAGUCGACGCCAAAGGCACACUGGGCGGCCUGUUCACUCAGAUCCUUCAGGGAGAGGACAUUGUUCGUGAAAGAGCCAUAAAGUUUCUGUCGAACAAACUGAAGACUCUUCCAGAAGACGUGAUGACCAAGGAGGUGGAGGACUUUGUCUUCUCAGAGACCAAGAAGGUCCUGGAGGAUGUGACGGGUGAGGAGUUUGUGCUUCUCAUGCGUGUGCUGGGCUCCUUACACAUCCUGCAGACUGUGAACGGGCGACAGCAGCUGGUGGAGCUGGUGGUGGAACAGGCUUUUUUAGAACAAGCGCUGAACCCGAGCGACGCAGACACUGUGGACAGAGUCCUGCAGUGUACGAGACAGGCCCUGCCCUUGUUCUCUAAAAACGUCCACUCAACUCGCUUCGUCACAUACUUCUGUGAACAUGUGCUUACGAAUCUCAGCAGCUUGACGAGUCCUGUGGCCGGAGUGGACAUCCAGCUGGAGGUGCUCAAACUUCUGGCUGAGAUGAGUCCAUUCUGUGGAGACAUGGAGAAACUGGAGGCCAACCUCCACACACUCUUCAACAAGCUUCUGGAGUUCAUGCCUCUGCCCCCCGCUGAGGAGCCUGAGGACGGGGAAAACUCCUCAUCAGAUGAACCAAAGUUACAGUUCAGCUCUGUGGAGUGUCUGCUCUAUGCCUUCCACCAGCUGGGGAAGAAACUCCCGGACUUUCUCCUGGACAAGGUGGACCAGGAGCGGCUCAAGGACUUUAAGAUCAGGCUGCAGUACUUUGCUCGGGGGCUCCAGGUUUACAUUCGUCAGCUCCGUGUGGCUCUUCAGGGGAAAACUGGAGACGCUCUGAAAACAGACGAGAAUAAAAUCAAAGUGGUGGCUCUGAAGAUCACCAACAACAUCAACGUUCUCAUUAAAGACUUGUUCCACAAUCCUCCGUCCUACAAGAGCUCCGUGACUCUGUCCUGGAAACCAGUGCAGAGACCGGAGGCUGCGGCUGCAACAGCACCCAAACGUUCUGCUGCAGAAGACACUGGAGCUUCAGCGAUGAAGAAGUCUGUUCCUCCUGCUCCUCGAAGAGACGCCAGACAGAUCUACAACCCUCCGAGCGGCAAGUACAGCGGCACCAUCGGCAACUUCACCUAUGGAGAGCAGCGCGGAGGUUUCAGAGGUGGACGGGGUCGAGGCUUUGGGAGCAGAGGAACCCGAGGCAGGAUGUACUGA